AUGGACCCUCCCCAGGAGUGCAUCCAAGGACAGUUCUUUCAAGGGCCUUCCGUUGUGGUACUAACUAGAGCUGGCCCGACCAAGAUCAAGCGCAUCCAGGAUAGUGCAAAACCCACAAAGGUGGUUAUUAAACAGCGGCCCUACGAGAGCCGGCUGCGGGCCGAGCUGCGGGCCCUCAAAGCCACCUUCCUGCGCGAGAGCCCCUGCCUGCCCGAGGCCGCCCUGGAGCGCUUCCUGAGCGCCGUGCUGAGCGCCAACCGGCACGGCGUGGCUCUCCUGCGCAACGGCUCGGCCGCCCCGUCCAACUGGGACUUCGCCUCGGCCUUCUUCUUCUCCAGCACCUUGAUCACCACCGUCGGCUAUGGUUACACCACCCCGCUCUCAGACGCAGGGAAAGCGUUUUGCAUCUUCUACGCGCUGCUGGGCGUCCCCUUCACUAUGCUGGUGCUGACCGCCACGGUGCAACGCCUAGUCAGUACUUUCACCUCUGGGCCUCUGGACUACCUGGAUAGGCGGUGGGGGUACAACCGGCGGGCCCUAUCCUGGGGGCACCUGCUGCUGCUCUUGGCGGCGGUGCUGGUGGCUUUCUUCCUGGUGCCCGCUGCCAUCUUCAGCUGGCUGGAGGAGUCGUGGAGUUACCUGGAUGCUUUCUACUUCUGCUUCAUCUCCCUUUGCACCAUCGGCCUUGGGGACUACGUGCCCGGAGAGCAGCCGGGGCAGCGACUUCGCCCCCUCUACAAGGUCUCCAUCACAGUGUACCUGCUCCUGGGGCUGAUGGCCAUGCUGCUCCUGCUCCAGACCUUCCACAAGCUGGCCGACCUACACGGCCUCUCCGACUUGGUCUUGCCGCCCCGGGACCCACCCCAAGAGGAAGACCAUGCCCGCAUCCUCGAGGAACAGAGCCUUCCCUCCUCCGAACCAGGGCCAGCGGAGAAGACACCUGUGCAGCCGAGCGCCACGGCCCAUGCCGGCUACUCCUCGAUCAACAGAUAACCUUGAAGGAACCUUCGAGCAGCCCAGAGGAACUUACGGGUCGAGCCCCAAAAGCUCCGUGGAGGGCCAGCUUCUUUGCCUCCGCUGCUACCAGGGAGAACCUUUUUAGGUGACUAACUUUAGGCUGGCCCUCGCCUGAGGUGGGCCUCCUUCCGCCUCUUCCACCAGCUUUUCUUCAGGGAAUGGCCAGGUGCCUGACUCCACUGAUCCAUUUCUUGCUCUUUUGGGGAUGUGAAAUCCUACCUGGGUUUCAGAGCAGAAGAAAAUCAAGCCAUUUCACUGGGGGGGGGGCACCUGUACCUCUUCCACUGGUAUCUCUGCAGGAAUGUUGUUGUUGUUUUUAAAGAAAGCAAAUGGAAGCAGGCCCUUCUCCUUGUUUAAUUCUGAAAGAGGAAAACAGGCCGUUCUACAGCUGUGGAAGGGCAGAAUAAACUCUUCCCCUUCUCCCCCAGUCUGAGGGACGAUCAGAGACCUAAAGGGUGACUUGCAUUGCUGGCCAGAAAGGUUUACUACACUGACACCACUCAUUAGGGUGGGUUGUUUCCUCACUUGGAGUCUUUAGCGGGAGGUGGUGCGGAGAGGAUGCCGCAGGUGAGGGUGACUUUCUUCUCUACCUCUGCCUCUUCUCCUAGCUUCAAAACUGGGUUUUAUCCUUGCAUGAAGUGAUCCCCAAGCAAGAUAAGCUUUGCAAGAGCUGAGCUGAUGCCUUCUAUGUCAGGAGCUCAGCUGCUUUGGGUAACACAAAUGAAGGAGCAAGCCAGGAACCCAUGCGGGAGACGAGAGGUCCACCGUGUUCAAUCUUCCUAGCAACACAAAGCAUUUUUUUUUCAAGUGUACGGUUAAAUACUGUGUGGAAUGAAUGGAAAACAAUAUUUGA